CAUUGCGCAUGUCAUGUGGGACAGGAAGUUGCAUGUGCAAUGAGCUCACUGUUGACGAUUAAUGAUGGAGUUUUCACCUUUUUGAGUACCAGAGCACAGAACUUUCGAUCUAAUCCGGUGGAAAUAUAUUUUAUGUAUACAGGAGUAUUUAAAGAACAUACCAGGAAGAUGAUAACAAAAUAUUUUGGUAAUUAUGUAGUGAACAUUGCUAUUUUAUCAUCACGACUUUCAUCGUUGCCAAAACGAAGAUCCUUCUGUUUUACAGUUAGAAGACGAUCAACAUUUGAUCCUGUCUUAAAGGAAACAAACUUUUGUUGUCGAUCGGCGUCCAUUUCAGCGCCUCAAAGAAUAUGUUGUUCUCCAUUUUUGUCUUCAAACUCGAAUUUUACACAACAAAAUACAGGGUUGUUUUGCCAGAAUAGAUAUUGGUGCUCUGGGAAAAACGACGUUGGCACUGGAGCACCUGAUAAAAAUGAUGUAGAUUCUGAUGUCAGCUCAGAUACACAGGAUGAGGAAUCUCUGGGACAAGUAAAGCCCAGACUGGCCAUGGUAUUUACAUGUAAAGUGUGCAGCACUAGGGCUGCUAAGACAUUCUCUAAACUUGCCUACGAGAAGGGGAUUGUUAUCAUACGAUGUCCCGGUUGUGAAAGUCUUCACUUAAUUGCUGAUAACCUGGGAUGGUUUAAACACUUUGAGCACAGAAAUGUUGAAGAGAUGUUGGCAGCUCGAGGAGAGGAAGUAAAGAAAAUGCUGGCCGAUGAAAACAUAAAUCUAAGUGUUGAGGACAUUGCAGGGAAGGAAAACCUAGAAAAAAUUCAGGAAUUGUUGCAUUUAGAACAGCAAAGUGAGAAAUCAUGAAGACGAUUUGUGGAGACAUUGGCACGGCUUUUUAGUAGUGUGUCAGCCAUUUCUAAUCUGUAUAUUCUAUUUGUCAGUUUUGAUGGUUGUCUUGUCACAUAUGCCCAACUUAUAAUUGUUUUUUUUUAUUUAUUUAUUUGACCUGUGCCAUCU